GCGAGCGAUACCAAGUCUCACUCACGAGACAUACUAUCUACUAGCACUCAGUUGAUCCACAACCGCCUGUGAGAACAUUUGCGAGGUGUCGUCCGGUGUAGAUUACCUCGAAAUUUGGCUGAUUGGCAGCGCUAUGGUUCACAUUCGACCGCUAUCGAGCUCGCUCAGUAAAAAGGCUCAAAAUGAACUGAAUGAGGUACCGGAACGAAUUCACGAAGAUCUGAAAAUUCUCCGCCAAUGGAUUGCCCAAAGCCCCCAUCUGCGACCGCGUGUUGACGAUCAAUUUCUAGUGGCUUUUCUUCGAGGGUGUAAAUAUAGUUUGGAGCGAACCAAAGCAAAACUGGAUUUGUAUUACACAGUUCGGACAGUGUGCCCUGAAUUGAUCAGAACGCGAGAUCCGGAAAACGUGAGAACAAGGGCAAUCAUUCGCCUUGGUGUUGGGUUGCCUCUGCCACACACGGCAACCCCCGAUUCGCCAAGAAUCGUUCUAGUUCGACCAGCUGCCUAUAAUACAUCCCAGUUUAGUAUAGAGGAGGUGAUUCGAGUGAGCACCAUGACCCACGACAUAAUGCUGAUUGAGGAUGACAACUUCGUGAUUGCCGGACAGAUUGGCAUCUUGGAUCUUGCGAAUGUUACAGUGGAUCACUUUCUCCAGUUCUCUCCUACAUUCGUAAAGAAAAUGACUAUGAUGAGUCAGGAAGCGUCCCCUUUGAGGCAAAAAGGAUUUCACUAUAUCAACACUCCGUGUGGGUUCGAGGUGGUCUUCAAUAUGUUCAAAGGUUUUAUGUCUGAGAAAAACCAGUCAAGACUCUAUGUCCACGGGCAAGAUCUUGAAUCGUUUUACCGACACGUACCGAGGAGACUACUUCCGGCAGAGUACGGAGGAGAUGCCGGUCCACUGCAAGAUCUUAUUUUCAAUUGGGAGAAGAAACUUGUUUCGUACCGGGACUACUUCCUGCAGGAAGAUCAAUAUGGAACUGAUGAGAAGAAACGACUUGGACAACCGAAGAACGCCGCAAAUUUGUUUGGCGUCGAAGGAUCAUGUGGGGUAGUGCAACUGGACUGAGUCAUCUCUAAUCGAUUAAAUGUAUUAUACAAAUUUGAUAUUCAAAUGAAUCCUGCUGACUGCCUUUUGCUCUGUUUUUCUCCAAACUGAUCAGCAAUAAUCAACUCACAGCUAUGGGAGGGUUUUUGUUCACAC